GUCAUUUCAUUGACAUGAGGGAGUUUCAGUUCUCGCUGUCAUCAUAACAAGAAGGCAACAUUAAAUCCAAAACAGAAACAAACGCUUUGAAACGUGUUUACCAGCGGACAUAUCUUCUGGAAUAUAAUGUCAACUAACUUUUGAUUUUGUCCCGGUCUAUAAAUGUGCAACAGCAUACUUCAUUGGUGAGGUCCGGCUGCCUGAUGAGAGAGCACUACUCAACCCCAAGGACCUCUCCCUGGUUGCAGUCAAGCUAGAGGCAGUCGAAGACCGAGAGAGAGGCUUUGUCUCCUCCUCCCUCCUUUCCUUCGUCCGCCUCACUUCACCACCCCAUUUUCUGCUUGAGUUGGUCCCGUUAGUGUUUCAAAACUGUUUCUCCAACGCUUUUUCAAGAAACUCAGACUGUUUUCCAAAGCAGAAGCAGCGCCACAGCCCUCCCACCAGAACGAGGUGAUGGGAAGUGUGCGAGCCAACCGCUACAGCAUAGUGUCAACCGAGGAGCACGGUAUGAAGUUGGCCACCGUGGCAGUGCCCAACGGGUAUGGGAAUGGCAAAGGAAAGGUGCACACGCGGCACCAGCCCCAGAGCCGCUUCGUCAAGAAGGACGGUCACUGCAAUGUGCAGUUCAUCAAUGUGUCCGAGAAAGGACAGCGUUACCUCGCUGACAUCUUCACGACAUGCGUGGACAUCCGCUGGCGGUGGAUGUUUGUCAUCUUCUGCCUUGCCUUCCUCCUGUCGUGGCUGUUCUUCGGCUGCAUCUUCUGGCUGGUCGCCAUCUUCCACGGGGACUUGGAGAACGACUCCCAGAAGUGCGUCUCCAACGUGAGCAGUUUCACUGCAGCCUUCCUGUUUUCCAUCGAGACCCAGACCACCAUCGGCUACGGCUACCGCUACGUCACCGACGAGUGUCCUGUGGCGGUCUUCAUGGUGGUCUUCCAGAGCAUUGUGGGCUGCAUUAUCGACGCCUUCAUCAUCGGCGCCGUCAUGGCCAAGAUGGCCAAGCCCAAGAAGAGGAACGAGACGCUGGUGUUCAGCCACAACGCUACAGUGGCCAUGAGGGACAACAAGCUGUGUCUGAUGUGGCGCGUGGGCAACCUGAGGAAAAGCCACCUGGUGGAGGCCCACGUGCGUGCCCACCUCCUCAAGUCGCGCACCACUGCAGAAGGGGAGUUCAUCCCUCUGGACCAGAUGGACAUUGAUGUGGGCUUCGACAGCGGAGUCGAUCGUAUCUUCCUGGUGUCGCCCAUCACCAUCGUCCACAAGAUCGACGAGGACAGCCCAUUCUAUAACAUGAGCAAGCAAGAGCUGGAGACGUCCGAGUUCGAGAUCGUGGUCAUCCUGGAAGGGAUGGUGGAGGCCACGGCCAUGACCACCCAGUGCCGCAGCUCCUACCUGGCCAGCGAGAUCCUGUGGGGCCACCGCUUCGAGCCGGUGCUCUUCGAGGAGAAGAGCUACUACAAGGUGGACUACUCUCGUUUUCAUAAGACUUACGAGGUUCCCAGUACCCCGCUGUGCAGUGCCAGAGACCUGGCCGAGAAAAAAUACAUCCUGUCCAGCUCCAACUCCUUCUGUUACGAGAACGAGGUGGCGCUGACUAACAAAGAGGAGAUGGACGAGGGGAACGGGGGUAGCGUGGGCCCAGAUGUAACCCAGACAGACAAUAUGUCAGACUCAGAGCAUCACCAGGCCACUGUGCCACUAGAGUCCAGGCCCCUGAGACGAGAAUCUGAAAUAUGACUGUGCAGAGGCUGCAGAUCACCUCACAGAGAAGAAGGUUCUGAUUCUAGAAUCCCAUCUAGUUGUUAUAAAUGGCACAUUGAGCUGAGCUGGGCCUAGUGUAAAGGACAUUGAGCUGAGCUGGACAUUGGGUAAAUGACAUUGAGCUGAGCUGGGCCUUGGGUGAAGGACAGGUUCAUGCCGACGGUACUGCUGUGGGAAGGGGGUAGCUGGGGACUUGUAACUUUUUUUUAAACAAUGUAAUUGCAUAUUACAGCAAGCACGGCACUAUGAAAUGUGUGCAGAUAGGAAGGAAAACUUUCUCGAAAAAGGUUCCCACAAGAAAAUGAAAUGUAUGUAUCACUUUAGCAUCUAUGUAUAGAAAGGAAUGUGCAUCUGUAUAACAUAUUGGAAUGGGUGUUAGCUACGAUGACUUGAAAAUAGCAGGCAUGUCUCUCUGUUUAUCUGUCCAGCAAAUCAUGAACAAGAUGAGAACAACGGUUGUAUUUCUAUUGUCUGCCUUUUAGUAUAUAAAACAAAUGCUGCUAUAAUCAAAUUCUCUACUUUCUCGUUUCAGAGAAACUCGAAGGGGAAAACUUGCAAAGAUGCCUACCCAUAGAGUAACAGAGAGAUUUAGAAAGUUCUGCUCUGUGAAAACCAAAUAUUAUUUUUAUUUAGCUAAUUUGCACUUUGAAUUGAUCCUGGGCACCCAGCUCCAAAGUACUCUAAAGUUUCGGGAAUGUUAAUCCAAACAAUUAAAGAUGCAGUACAACUUGGCAACGAAACCUUUUUUUUUUUGCAGUGAAUGCAAACUGUUUUAGCCUUUGAAUAGACCGUCGUGUUGCAGUCAACUGGUGAUCUUUGGUGAAUUACAUCCAAGGCAAUGUAGCUCAAUGUAGAGAGACAUUCCUACUAUCGGAGAAGACAUACUAUGCAGCCAUUGUAAAGUAGUGCAAUAAAAACUGGAUCAAAUGAUCAAUUAGAGAAAUGUUUCUGAACUAUUAGCAUUCAUCCAUACUGAAACGUAUCCAAAGCAGAUCCAUGGUCAUGUUGUAUGUGCUGUUGGUAAUGAGCCGGUCUCUUAACAGACGUACAACAUAACAUACAUUAAAGGGUCAUUCAAUGCUGGUCAAAUCAAUAGAAACUUGCCUGUUUUGUUUGAAGGAAAUUAGCAGGGUGGUAUUAGUAUUCGAAAGUGAAGCUGAACUGAAUAAACAACACCGACAAGACAAGGGAGGAGGGAAAAUUAGCAUACGAAUGUUCUUUAAAAACAGUGCUGCUACGUUGUUGCAUUUUGUAGGGUUUGAUAACAGAAGACGCCAAAUAUAAUAAUUAUUAUUAUUAUAAUUAUGUGUCUCAUCCAUUUGUUAUAAGUGGUAGAAUUAGAGUAUUUUUGAAGUAAUUAAAAAAAAAAAAUCAAGACAAAAUAUUUAUUUUCUAACCCGUGUAUACAGUGUAGAUGUUGCUAGAACUUAAUGAAUCAAUAUCACCGUGGUAACCGUCACGGAUAAACACAGUUAUAUGGCCCUUAUGAUGCCCGGGCUUCUGUAAGGUUUUUUCCAUCGUUUUCAUAGUCAAAGCUAAACAUACAAGCCAGGUUCUAGGCCCUAGAUGAGACCAGUAGCAUGUUGUUAAGGCGAGAUGCUCAGAACAUAACAGUGUUACAAUACUUCUCUUUUUUUAUAUACAUAACUUUCUACAUCUUUAUACAUAUCUUUUUUAAGUAAAACAACAAAACAUCCCUUUUUUUUCCUUAGUACUUUACAAUCGUCCACUCUUCUGCCAUCACAAAAAAGAGCACAUCUUCACCUAUAGGCUCUUUAAAUAAGGAGAGAAUAAAAGACAGUACAUACCCUAUCUUUGCUGUUCAUGCAUUCAUAUUUAUAUCCAGAGGAGGUCUAUGGAUUGCCAUGCCUUGUUAUCAAAUAUCAUUUUAUUUUUCAUUAUAAGUUGUUUGGAUUGGAAAACGUGGUUUUAAUAAGCCAACAGUACUGUAUCCCAGGCAUGUUAAUAAGGUGUAUUGAAAGCCUGUAGAGUUUGCAUUAUGACAAAUCUAUCUCCUAUUUCUUUAUUUUUGAAACAACGGUUAAAAGCCGUUAGGCUACAAUGACCCGUUUCUUGUACAUAGAACCCCGCCCUCCCUGUUCCAGUCAUUUUGUAUCAGAGUCUUCCAGUUGUACUGCAGAACAACGGAAUGUACAGAGUUUUAUACUAUUCAGAAUAUUAUUGUUAUUAUUAUUGUACAAGCGAUUUAUUAUAUUGUUCUUUUUUUCAAUAAAACCUCAAUGAUCA